AUAAACAAAAAUACUACAAUCCAAAUGUUAAUAAAAUUAAUUAUUUACAAAAUAAAUAAACAAAAUACUUAAAAAAUUGCUACAAUGGCCUUUUCACAAUCAAAAAAUUUAACAUCUGCAAUACUUGAAGAAAUUGGACUUGAAGGACUAGAAGGAAUAACAAUUUCUGGCCUAUGGAUAAGACUCUCAGAUCUUUUACAACUUCCAUUACCACUUCUUGAUCGAUUCCAAAUACAAGUAUGGAAUGUAAUAAUGCAAGCUCAUGAUUAUUUAUUAUUCUAUGAAUUACCCGAACCACGAGAACAGCUAAAAUUAUGGAACAGAUUUGCCAAUACAGAUCCAGAUUAUGGUCUGCCUACAACAUUGACGGAAUGCCCAUUCAAUUUGUACAAAUGUGUCCCAGUAUCGGAUGGAGAAAUCCUAGGGUCAUGUGAAAAUUAUGACUCCCGCAUACCCAUUCUAUUUGAUGAAUUAAAAUGCAUGAGUUUAAAGGAAAUUAACGAUAAAUGGGGUGAAAAAUUUGUCAUAGUUGGUAAUCAAAAACUGCGAUACAGUUGCCUCAUUCCGCCACAAAUAAGUAUACCCACAGAAAUCACUGCAUCACAAUACUGCGUGCUUGAAUUCAUUGGACGAUCCCGCAAAAAUGGCAUUACAACUGCCGGAAAGUUUUCAAUAUUACAUUGCUGUAGAGAUGCUGCAAUUGGCUUCUACAUUAAAAACAAAUUAAUUCGUCUUGGUUUGAUUACAAGACAAUGUUACACAGAAAAACGAGCUGAUCGUUUAAUUGGUUCAAGUCUCUUGCAUUUAACGCGUUUCUAUAGCCCCAACAAAACUGCUUUUCAGGCUGUGGUCGAAAAGAUGUUUUUCGCUUUGAAACACACUCCCAAUCAAAGAUUGUCUAUGACUGGUAUUCGGCAAUUGUUUCCAUCAGAAAACCAAGCGAUGAUAAAGAAGAUCCAGACUACGCAAUUCUUUAAAAAAAUAUUUGAUGUAUCUAAUUGCCCUGCAAAGGAAUUAGCCGAUUUCAAACUGACUUCUAAAUAUAAUGGUAGCCGAGAGAUUCUCUGUGUGAAAUUAAAAAAUCCUUGUUUAUCAGAGGAUGAACUAUUUAAUGACGAUGAAAUAAUAGAAGAAAAAGAAUCAAACGGUUUUUACGAUUAUAAACAUUCAUAUGUUGAUAUGCCACUUGCAGAAGAAAUUUAUCGUGCUAUUGAAAAAUGUGGCAGCGAAGGCUGUAGUCAAAGUCAAUUGUGUACAAAUAUGUCAGCAAAUCAUUUGAAUGUUCGUCAGGGAUUGAAAAAAGCUGUUCAACAAAAACUUAUUACUUCUUAUUCGAAGGAUAUGGGUCGACAGAGAACAAAUAUGUUAGUAGCCAUCAGUUGUGCAAAUUCUGUUAAGAAAGUUAAAGAAGACCGCGCUAAAAUCACCCAAAAUCUAAAAUGCAGAGAUGAACCACAACUCCCACCUGAACCAGAUUUACCACCCAAAGACAUAAAACAAAUAACAUCAACAAUUAAAGAAGUCGUAAAUAAAUUCAAUCCAAUUCCACGUGAUGUUACUAUCAAACAAAUCGAACGUCAACAAAUGGUCGUCAAAUUAGUCGAUAAACUUUGUAUAAUUCAAGUUCCCAUCUUACGAACUGAAAUAAUCAAAUAUGAACAAGAAGCAGGCUAUAAAGAUGAAAUAUGCAACAAAUCAAUUUACAGAAUCAUUGCACGAUUACAAAAACAAAAUAUUGUCAAUACAUACGAAAUCACCCUCCGAUUGGACGAACAUGCUCGUCUUUAUCGUUAUGUUACCCAUCCAAAAAUUGACAUUAAUCAUGAAGUAAUGCAAAGGGAAGUUCUUAAACUCAAAAAUGCUCUCUUUCUAUUUUUGGAAGAGAAAAAGUGUCGCAUUAUUCCACCUAGAUUUAGCCAAACUGGCAAACCUAAAGAACAACGUAUUGGUCUGAUUCCCGUGGGACCACAAAAAUCACCAAAAUUCUUAACAGCACGUUUUAUGCAUGAAUUCAUGUUUUAUAUGUUAAAUGAUUUACAACCCAAUCGUCAACCAUUAACUCUGACUGAAACUAUGCUAACUACAUGGUUGCAAUCUGAGCCGAAUAUUAAUUGUAAUGAAUUGUAUAAAAAUAUGGUUGAAGAAGGCAUUUCUCCAUACAGAGAUACUAUCAAUUGGAAGACAUUCAUUAUACCUUUGCCAAUUUAUAAAGACAAACCAGAUGGAUGGAUUUCUUUCCCGGAUGUCGUUGAACGAAUGCCAUUUUCUUUAUUACACAAAAUUAUUCAUGUUCCUCCAACAGUGGAUAAAUUAGCUAUAGAAUAUCUAAUGCAUCCUGUUAAGCAACAUUACAUGAUUAAACAACUACCCUUGACCAUACAAAGUCUCGUUAACCGAGGUCGAUUGUCUAGAAUUUUAUGUAACAUCGUUCAAAUACUUCAACUUAUGGGAUUGAUUCAAGUUAGUGAAAAGAAAGCCAAAGAUCCAAUUCAAAUUUGGGUUUAUAUCAAUCGAAAGGCUUCAAUUGUCGAUACUACACCCUCUGAACCGGGUUAUAUAGAAAUUAAUCGCGAUAGAGAAUACUCGAGGAUUGAUUUUAAUUUGCAAAAAAUGAGUGACAUCAAACAAUACUGGAAUUGCUUGCAUAAAACUUGUUUAGUAACCAGACUGGGCUUUGUUCAUAAGAAUAUGGAAUCUGAUGCAAAAGGAGUGUAUAAAAAACGUCGGCUUGCUUUAACUGAUAUAAUCUCUCCAGUGACAUCGUUUGAAGAAGCUCCUAAUUUAGAUAUUGGAAUACCCCCGGGUGAUGGUCUAGGAGCCGGUGGAUUAGCAUCCGGUUUGUAUUCAUCAUUCCAACGUAAUUGGACAUGGCUGGUUAAUAACAAACAUACAGCUGCUGCAGCUGCAAAACUAAGAAAACAAAGUACCAAAUUCAUGCGAACUAGAAUGUCCAAGUUAUCUGAUGAAAUUAUGGUUCGGAAAACAUCUGCUGUUACCUCGUCGGCGGUAUCAUUAAAAAAAGGUACAACUCGUUUAGCAACGACAUCAACAGGAAAAGUGGUUAAACGGAAGAAAAUAGUUUCUCUCAAGAAAAAAGCUAAAUUUCCUUCCGAUUCAAUUGAUCGAGAUGCAAUUAGACAAAUGCGCUCUUUACGUGCUCGUUGGAGUCAUAAAGAAGAUCUUAUAUUAAAAAUGGCUCGAGCAACGUUCUUGUUCCUCGGUGUUCCUGUUAUUCAUUUGAAUCUGAGAGAUGUAGCGAAGAUCACUCGUGAUAUUAUUCGCUUGCAGUGUAACAUUCACAAUAAAACAACUCAAGCAUGUCAUCGAAGAAUACAUUUUAUGGUUAAAACUAAUCGUCAUUUACCUGAGCUACCACAAUGGUUGCAUGCUAUGCAAACUAAUGAUCACCUAACAUCGCGAUAUAAUUCGGAAACUUUUCAUCGUGAUUUAAAAGAAAUCUAUCCGGUAAAAUCAGACUUUCAAAAUGCUUUGGCAGUUCAUUUUCUCUAUGCUUUUGGUGUAUUGCAAGCUCAGCAAAUGGAAAAUGAUCCAAAAUAUCUAAGGAAAAAAACGGCAAACUUCCCCAACACUCUUAAAGAAUUUUAUAAAAAAUACCGUGAGUGUACACCUCUCGGUGAUGACAAAUCAUUGUUGUAUACGAAUCCGACAAUAACUCUUGAUCUUCAACUUGCUACUAUUAAUAAUGUUUUACAUAGUUCUUUGGGUUGCGUUCGUGAUAAGACACAGUAUAAUUUACAGAUUUUUGAUGUCUUUAAAACUUAUUCCGAGGAAGUACUUCAUACAGCUUUUAAAAUUGCUAGAAUCGAUGGAUUGGUGGUUUCUCGAAAGAAAUCACAAACGCAAACCUACACAACCCAAUUGACUGGACCGUCAUUUGUAUUCUCUAACAAAUAUCGAAUGAGUUUGAUGUUUCUAAGAUAUCCUUACGUUGUUUUGGAUAUGUUGUAUGCAUUUUUUACCCAAACAACAAUGCAAAUUUACAAUAAUGAGCCAACAGUGGUUGAAAUUAAAUCACCUCAUUCGGGGCAGUUAUUUGUUUUGGCUGAGCUUUUGUGGCAUCAAGCGAUUACAAUUGAAGUAAGACCGCCAAGUAAUAUUUUAACCAUUGAUCCAAUGGCUCAGCAAUCGAAUACAAGUCAAACACAGAAAAUUAUGGAUCAUUAUCAUAAUUUGCUGGAAUAUGGUCCUCAAACGGAAUAUUCAAAACAUUUCGAUGCUUUGGGGGAAUUGGCAACUAGAGUUAAGUUUAAGGCUGGAAAUGUAAAGCAUAAGAUAAAUUAUAAUCCUUUUGAUGUUAUUGCAAAGAUGGACAGUGUACAGAUUCAUUUCUUUUGUUUUUUGAGAAAUAUGAAUCAAUCGGUGGAUUUGAAUUUUAGUAAACUUUUAUCAGAAAAAGUUCAGAGUAAUGUAAAUGAGAACGAAGAAGAAGAAAAUGAUGACGAUAUAAAUUUAUGUCCCUUCUCUAACGAUUGUGUAAUGAAAACUGAUGAUUAUUUAAAUUCCAUUGAAACAAUUGUUAAAAAUCAAGAAAAUUGUCUUGUUGAGAUAAAUGAAGAAAUCGAUUUGAACUCUAUCGAAACUAAAACGAAUUCAAUUAUAAUUUAUUCGGAAAAUAUUUUAUCAAUUUUUGAAUCAUAUCGAAUAUGUAUGAAAAGUCAUUUAGCCAAAGAGGAUUCCAAAGAUUUGGGUUCUACUACAUUGACUAGAAAACCAUUAAAUUUAGUUCAAAUUAGUAAAAGUAUUUUGGAAGAAUACGAUGAAACACAAAUGGACGAUGAACAUGAACCAGAAUUAAAUAAGGAUGAAAAAAAUGCUAGAGCUCAAGAUGUGUUUGUUGUAAAUUUGCCAUGUUUAAAAAUUAGUGCAUCGAAAGAGAGUGAAGAAUGGGAGAAAGUUGAACAUAAAGGAAUUAUGAUGCCUGAAGUUUUGAUGGAAACUGCUAUAUUGAGAGAUGCAGUGCUGGAACGAAUUGUUGAUGAUGCAUGCUGGAAAUAUACACAAAAUGAUCUCGGAACCCUUAAAACUUUAAUGACUGAGAUUGGACUUACCGAUGAAGAACAAGAUCAGAUUGUAAAAAUUCAUGAUUUUAUUGAGUCUCAUGAUCUUGGUGCUCCAGCCGCUGAUCUUGUGAAACGUUUUCCUGAUGUGGAAUUUUUACAAAAAGCUACAAAACUACUACGUCAGCAUUAUUUAGUACUACGAGCUGGUGUUUCAACUUUUGUAUAUGUUCAAAAGAAUCAUGUUCGACACUGGGUAAUUCAUACCCGUCAUAUUAAACGUUUAGAACGAGAAUCUAUGGGAAAAUUAGUUCCUGGCCAAAAACGAAAACCAGAUGAUGAGUAUUUAAGUGAUAAUGAACCUUCAGGGUCUAAACAAAGUCGGACAAAUGAUGGUCGGCGAAAACCAAAACCAGUUGAACGUUAUGAAGAUAUGAAAGAAGUAAGAACUUCAUCUUUGGAUCAAACAAAUUCAAAGGAACAACUUCUAGUUCUCAGACCUUGUCCAUGGAUUCGAGUAAAUGGGUCUUUGAAUCGACGCCUUCUUGACAAAUGGUUGGGUAGCAUUUUAAUUGAAUGCUCAGUACAAAAUGGUUGCACUGUUCAAUCAGUUUGUUUGCGUUAUAAACAAAUGCAUGCUGCAGAUAUAAUGUACCUUUUAGAAGUAUUAACUGAAUUGAAAAUAGUUGAAUUAAGAAGCUAUAAACCGCGUUCGGUUGGAUUAUUUACAAAAUAUGAAGAACUCGAACAAAGUAAAGGUAAUGAAUUUACUGAUCCACAGAAUACAUACAUUAUUACUAUGCCUGAUGCAACGCUUCGUAUGACACAAUUCAUUGGCGAUAAACUUUAUCGAUCUGAGUUCGUUUAAAUUAAAAACAAAUAUUUCUUUUAAAAAGAGAAAUAUAUUAAGCCUUUUCACAUGUAUAAAGUA